AUUUGCAUUCAGUUGAUAGACAUAAAUCACUAAUAAGUCUCAAGCAUAAUUACCAUUUCAGUAAGUUAGAGACACUUGGUAACACCCACUUCUCUCUGCACCUUUUGAAUAUACUCAGAAAACAGUGCAGUAAAUUUCUUCUCUUCGCCAAUUAGCAUGUGAAGUUGGGGUGGUGAGUUGGCACUAACAUCUCAGAGGGACUAAAUGACUAACACUCGCGGGGUGCUUUGCUCGUGGUGUUCAGCCUUCUCUUAACACUGCGUUCCAUUGUUACAGAGUCCAGCGUCUGAUUUCCCCAGCGGCCUUUGACUGAUGAAGAGAAGAGCUGCUCCACCUCCGUCCUGUGAAGAGUGUUGAGGCACAGGUGAGGAGGAGGAGUAGGAGGAGAAGGGGAAGGAGGAGGAGGAGGAGGAGGAGGAGAGCCACCAAAAUUCCUGCUCCUGCUUCUGCUACUGCUGCUGCCGUUGCCGCUGCUCCCGCUACCGCUGCUGCUGCUACUGCGCUGCUAUUGCUGCUGCUGCUGGUGCUGGAGUGAGGAAACCGACAAGACUUAGUGCUCCCAAAUGUUGGGAAAAAGGGAGAGUGAUGCGGCUGUGGUGGUGAGAACCUUUAAAGUCGGUGCUUUGGACGUCAGAGAGAAUAACCUCGUUUGAGGUGUGCGUGUGUGCGCCAGUGCGUCUCAGUGAAAAGCAUGACUGAUUCGUGGCUCCAGUAACAGACUUAUUACUGAAACUCCAAAAGCGACGGCUUUGAGGACUCGUGCUUGCGAAUUAUGAGGAAAAUACCUCCGUGAACCACUGUGAGGGGGAGGGCCGCGUGAGGCCUUCGUGUGGCAUUUGACGAGGUCAUGGCUGCCUCGUGAGUGUGUGCAGGCAUGGGCGGGCGAGCAGCGGGCGGUACAGCAGCUGAUCAGAGAGCAGCCGGCGGCACGCGCUCGAGACUCUAAUUGCCGGGAAUCAGCAAACUAAUUGAAUAAGAAAAGCUUCAUUAACAGACAACAACUUGAAAACCUAGAUCCAACCCACAGCAGCUCCUACCGGCAACCAAAGCUGGCCUUGCUUCCCCCCCUCUCAGCACACCGACACCUGCCCCACUGCCCAUCAAACACGGUCAUCUGAAGUGGUGGAUAUGACUGGGGCGAACGGGUGUGCGGGGGUCGUGACAGGGUAGCGGGGCGGCCCCAGAAUGAAGGAGGCGGCCUGUGGACACUCCCAAAGCGACCCCGCCCCCGAAAUCACGAGCACGCCCGGCACACUCUUGAGACAGCGCGCCGUCUGCCGCCUCCUGCCGCACCAUGAGAUAGCGACAGUGGCGGCAGCCACAGUAGCAGCAGCGAUCUCAGCUCUCGCUAAAGCGCCGCCAGAUAAAUAGGACAAAAUGACGAACAUGUACGCCGCGUACGGGCCGAUGCCCACCAACAUCAACAUCGGCUCCAUGUCCAGGCUCAAUGGCUCCCUGGACCGGCGGGCCAUCGUGGGCCGCUCCGCCACCCUGGGCCGCACCCCGGCGCCCAUGGGUCGCUACCCACCCCCUACCCUGGGCUGCUCCUACCAGGACCUGCGCCGCUCCAGGGAAUACUUAGACAUCAAGCACGGUCCAAUGGAACCGCUACAGUCCUUCGACUCCAUGAGUGUGGGCGCCGGCAUGCUGAGUGGCUCCUUGGAUGACUUUCCCACCCCGCCCACCUCCACCCUGGAGCGGCGACGCAAUGGGGGCGUGGUGACAGGCUGCAGCGUGCAUGGCGGGGGCACGCUAAGCCGGCCCGGAAGCCGCCGCGGGUCACGCUACGACCUGGCGGAGGAGCGGCGCGGAGGGUGCUGCGGCAGGAGCUGCUGCACCCUCACCUUCUCCAUCCUGGCCUGCCUCCUCAUCCUCAGCGGCGUCAUCGUCGCUCUCUACUUCUUCAUCAAGCAUGUGCCGUAUGAACCUCGCCCGCCGAUCCAAGAAGUUCGCGACCUGUGCCGAGGGAAGAAGUGCCACCAUGGUGCCCUCUGCGUGCCUUCCGAGGACGGCCGAAGUACCAGGUGUGAGUGCCCCACGGAAUGCCGCGUCUAUGGAGGCGGCCUGGGCUCCUUACCUGUCUGUGGCUCCGAUGGACAGGAUUAUGACAACGAGUGCCAGCUACGAAGACACGCCUGCAGGAAUCAGAAACACCUGGAGGUUAAAUUCGCCGGUAAAUGCGACCCGUGCGAAGACGUGACCUGCCCAGAGCGUCAGAGUUGCCAGCUGGAUGUCGACAGGAAGCCGGAGUGCCGAUGCAAUGACGUCUGUGCCACGGACUACUCCCCGGUCUGUGCCAGCGACGGGAAGACCUACACAAACGAGUGCGUGAUGAAGGUGGAGGCGUGCAAAGCGAGGAAGACUCUCUCCAUCAUGUACCACGGAGCCUGCACAGUGGUACUCAAUCCGUGCAGUGAGCUCACCUGCCUGCCUGGGGAGGAGUGCAAGGUGGACAUCUACGGCAUAGCGAGGUGUGAGUGUCCGCCCCCCUGCGAGCGCGUCAUGAGGCCCGUGUGUGGCUCCGACGACGUGACCUACGACAAUUACUGUGAGCUGCACCGCGCCGUCUGUGUCAAGCAAACAGACAUCGUGGUCAGCUACGUCGGCGUGUGUGGAGAGGGAGGUCCCUGCGCGGGGCAUCAGUGUGACCACGGCGGAGUGUGCGUGGAGAGGCAAGGGCGGCCUGUGUGUGAGUGCCCGCAGUGCCCCGCCCACCUGGACCCCGUGUGUGGCGCUGACGGCAUCUCCUACGACAACGAGUGUCACCUGCGGGCAGAGGCGUGCAGGAUACGCCGCGCCAUCGCCGUCAGAUACAGAGGCCGCUGCAAUGGGUGUCAGGACAAGCAGUGUGACUUCUACGGCGUGUGCGAGGCGGACGAGAGCGGCGUGGGGCGGUGUGUGUGCCCCGAAGGAUGCGUUAAGGUGGAGAGCAAGGUGUGCGGGACGGACGGCAACACUUACCUGAACGAGUGUCUGCUGAAGGUGGCCUCGUGUCGCAAGCAGCAGUUUGUGACAGUGGCGUCCAGCGGUGACUGUGAUCUGUGCAAGCAUGUGGUGUGUAAGUACGGGGCGAGAUGCGAGGCUGGCCGCUGUAUCUGCCCCACUCAGUGCCCGGACACGCGGGAGCCAGUCUGCGCCUCCAACGGCCUUACCUACGCCAACGAGUGCGAGAUGCAGAAGGCGGCGUGCGAGGUGGAGGGUGGUCUGAGGGUCACCUUCGUCGGGGAGUGCUCUGAGGCUCGCACUUCGGGAGUCAAGGACGACCCAAGCCUUGUUAGCGCCCACGACUCAUCUCCUCCCCCGAUGGUGGUGGUGGGGCCCCAAGGGCUUGACCACCCAGUUGGGCAGCAAGGUGGUGAGGGAGACGUGUGCUCGGGGAUGACGUGCGAGUAUGGGUCGACAUGCACUGUGUUGAGGGACGGUCUGCCCCGCUGCUCAUGCAAGCUGGACUGCUCCAAUGUGCCCCAGAGCCCCGUGUGCGCCUCCGACCUCAAAAUGUACUCCAACGAGUGCCUCAUGAUAAGGGAGGGGUGCCAGCGGCAGGUGGAGCUCAGACUCCGGCCCCUCGAGCUGUGUGAAGAUUUCGAGUUGAUUCCUUGCAACGGAGACGAGCCGCUUGUGAAUCCUGCCACCGGGCGCGACUUUUACUGCGGGAAAGGACCGGACACCGAAAUCUGCAGCCCGGGAUCCUACUGCCACUGGACCCUCUCCUUUGCCAAGUGCUGUCCACUGCACCAAGAGGAAAACGUGACGGAAGUGGCGCCAACCUGCAGGGAGGGACCUUACGGUUGCUGCCCGGACAGGAAGACAGAAGCCCUUGGCCCUAACUUCGCUGGCUGCCCUUCCAUCUGCCAGUGUCACAAGCUGGGUGCCCAUGACGCAGUGUGUGAUCCCGUGACCAACCAGUGUCGCUGUAAGCCCGGGGUGGGCGGCACCAAGUGUGACCGCUGCGAACCAGGCUUUUGGGGGCUGCCCAUGAUACAGCACGGCAACACCGGAUGCCUGCCAUGUGGUUGUUCGCUGUUCGGAUCGGUGCGGGAUGACUGUGAACAGAUGACGGGGCAGUGUGUGUGCAAACCAGGCAUCAGAGGAAAGAAGUGCAACAUAUGCCCUGAAGGCCUUGUGUUAGGGCCCAAGGGAUGCCGGACCCAGAGUGACACCUCUCUACCUGCCCGCACCUGCUCAGAACUAGAGUGUUAUUUCGGAGCUCGUUGCCUCGAACACCAGACACAUGCUGAGUGCAAAUGUGAAGCCCACUGCCCUGAGGACUCAUCAUCCGCUCCUCCUGUGUGUGGCACUGAUGGGGAGACAUACCCCAGCGAGUGCCACCUGCGGCUCUUUGCAUGCCAGUACCAAAAGGAUGUGGUGGUGGAUGCUUUGGGACCCUGCCUACUACCAGGCAACCAGUCUGAUGGCGUGACCGAGUCUCCCCUGCGCCGGUCCACUGCCCCCUUGUCCACUGAGCCCCACCGGGCGGAGACAGCGAAAGCCACUCGCCACCUGCUGCACCCAGAGUAUGUGGUGGGGGUGAGCAGUGGGUCCAGCACCCACAGCCUCUCAAACAGCAUCUUUGGGGUGCCACCCACCCCUGUCACCAUCGCUGCUUUCGGCCUCCUGGGCUCCAUCUGUUACCGAGACAAGGACUGCUCUGUUUCCUACUCCCACUGCAAGUCCUCCAUCUGCACCUGCCGAUUGGGUUAUACUCAGAGUGCAGACCGCCAGACCUGCGUAGUCAAUACUCCAGGAAGGGAAGAAGCAAGUGGGGCCUGCAGCCAACAUCCCUGUCAGCGAGGGGGAAUCUGCCGGGAUCUGCCAGAUGGAAGCUUUAGUUGUGACUGUCCAUUAAGAGCCACAGGGCCUCAGUGUGAGACUGAACUGCCACCACCAUAUGAGACCCCAUCCUUUAGUGGCUCCUCAUUCCUAGAGGUGAAGAAAAUCAAAGCCUAUAACAAAGUCCAGGUUGAGUUAGAGUUCCGAACCUUCACAGACAGUGGAAUCUUGCUGUACAGUCAACAACAGAGAGAUGGCUCUGGGGAUUUCCUUUCUUUGGCACUUGUUGAUGGUUUUGUUGAGUUUCGGUAUAACCUGGGCUCAGGACCAGCCCUCAUCCGCAGCCACGAGCGCAUCCAGAUGAAGCGCUUCCACAGGGUGGUUGCCAAGAGGUACCAGCGUGACGGUAUCCUUCAGCUGGACGAUACAGAGGACUCAGUGGGCAAGGCUCCAGGAAACCUCAAGAGUCUGGAUCUCAGAGGCUCAACCUAUAUUGGAUAUGUCCCAACUAAUGAAAGAAGAGUGUGGGAGAAUGCAGGAACAGCUGAAGGCCUUGUGGGAUGUUUGCGCUCUGUCAGAAUCAAUGGUCGACCUUUGGAUUUGGUGUGGCCAGGGUCACCACAUGUGAUAAGGGCUGAGCACGUGGGUGAGUGCUCUGCCUCACCAUGUGUCUCCCUCCCUUGUCUCAACCAGGGUUCCUGCAGACCCACUGAUGAUGGUCACUUCAAAUGUCUCUGUAUCCAAGGUUUCACAGGUGAUCGAUGUGAGGUGAGACUUGAUCCUUGUGAGAGCCAGCCUUGUCUAGCAGGAGCAACUUGUGUCACUUUGCCCACUGAGGGAUUCCUAUGCAAGUGUCCACCUGGUAGAACCGGCACACUGUGUGACCAGAUGGACAGAACAUUACGUGAGGUAGUGAUCCCAGACUUUGAUGGGGACGCUUACCUUGAACUACCCACUCUGGAGAAUGUGGGUCACUCCUUGGUGCUGGAACUGUGGUUCCUCACACGCUCUCCUGAUGGGGUCCUCCUCUACAAUGGACAGAUGGGUGGUGGAGGAGACUUCAUUGCCCUCAAUCUUCGCAAUGGACACGUUGAGUUCUCCUACAAUCUGGGCUCUGGCCUUGCAACCCUUGUGAGCCCUACCCGCAUCCCCCUCAACACAUGGCAUGUGGUGAGGGUACGCAGGAAAAAGAGAAGAGGCAUCCUGAGGGUGAAUCGUGGUCACCGAGUGAUGGGGAAGAGUGGACCACGCCUUAAGGAGCUCAAUCUUAACCAGCCACUUUAUCUUGGAGGGCUUGAGAAUUAUACAACUGCACAUCCUGACUCAGGAGUAACCAUGGGUCUUAAUGGAGCCAUCCAGAGAUUGCUUGUCAACUCUGAAGUUUAUGACAACCUUGAUGAGAGAGCAACUGGUGGAAGAGGAGUUCGUAGGUACCGUGGACCACCUUGUCAGAUGAAUCCUUGUGAAAAUGGUGGAGUUUGUCAUCCCUUCCGUAACAGAUUCUUGUGCAAAUGCCUUGCUCCAUACACUGGCAAGUUCUGUGAAAAACGUGUCGAUGAGGAACGGAUGAUGAAACCUGUCAAUUUUGAUGGCCAGACAUUCCUCAGAUUUCCCAACAUGGUGUAUAGAAUCAGUAGACGAGGUCAGACCACCAACCAUUUUGAGAUUCGCUUUCGAGCAACAACUCCCAAUGGUGUUCUGGUGUGGCUCAACAAGGGAUCCAGUGUAUCAAGAGACUACUUUGCCCUUACUAUAAAUGGGGGCUUUGUGGAGCUGUCCUUCAACUUAGGCACACAACAGGCCCUCCUUGUGAUAAGGUCAAAGGUGCGUGUGGAUGAUGGUCAGUGGCACGUGCUGGUAGUGCACCGACGGAAGCGCCUCGGAGUCCUCAGAGUCGACAACGAACGUCCAGUCAAGGGCCUUGCUAACCGCGGCUCUACCACACUCAACACCAAUGGCAAACUCUGGAUUGGUGGGUCUCCAAAGAUGCCACGUGGUCUGCCUCCAGCCUACUACCAGGGCUUCCGAGGAUGCAUAGACUCCAUUCAGGUGGAGAAUCGGGACCUAAACCUAGUGACACAUGGUGACUCUUCUCUUGUAAGGUUCUGUGAUGAAAUGCGGUGAAAGGAAAGUGACAUAUUAGUGGUUGAUAGCUGAAGUAAAAAGAACAAAGUUUUAAACUCCAUUAGACCUUUUUCUGCCAUAGACAAUAAGUACUACAUACUGUCAUUGCAAGACAAACAGCCUUAAAAUUAUCUGACUAUUCUGUUUUGCAUACUAUUGUGCAUUGUGUUGAAUGUACUUUGAUAUAAAUGUUAAAGUAGUGUUUCAUUACACUUUCAUUACAAGUUAAUGAAGCUGACAAGUUUUAUAUGUGCUUACUUUGUUCUUACACAGUCUAUACCAUACAUAAAGACAAAAGUAAAGUUGACAUUAAUGGUUCAGUGCGGGUAUGAUAUAAAAGUUCAAUCAAAGGUUGUGUUUUGACUGAUAUGUGAGGUAUUGCCAUGAGCUACAAGGAAAAGAUGGAGCCUAAAGCUUCAUGGAUGGUGUGAUAUACUAGAAAUAAUGUUUGUAAUGUGUUUCCACAUUACACUCCGCACUACAGAUGGGCCUCAUGUACGAGUCCCUGCAAUGAUCUGCACUCAGGCAGAUUUAAAGCGUCUUAUAAUUUUUUUUUUUUGUUAUCCAUAUGUACAUACUGAAGAAGACUAACUCUUACAUAGUGUAAACUACUGGGAUGAAUGUGUAGUGUUUGUUUUGAGGAAAGGCAUGGGAAGGGCUCAGUUUUUUGUGUUGAAACACUUCACAAAACUGCUUGUAAUUAUUGCCUAUGUAAUUUGUGUUUUGUGUACAAUUUUUAUUGAUCGAAAUAGUUCUCAACAUUAGAAUCAUUAUAUGAAAAAUUGCAGUAUGUAUUUACAUUAACUUUUCAGAAUUUAAUUAAUUGUCACAAAUUAAAUAUAAAAUAUUUCAGUUCUCAAAUUGAAGUUAAAUAUACCAUUGGAUUUAAAUUAUAAACACAGGGUCUUGCCGCUGUCACCGGACUUAAAUGAAACUCAGGCCUAAGCUACUACAUACUAGACUGUCUCUGUGUUGUUCAGUAUGACCUUACCUACCUGUAGCACAUGUUAAUACUGCUGCCAGUACUACUGUUAAUAUAACAAAGCCUUCAACUUUUAUUUCUAAGUUGUUUAAUAAAAUGUAAUGACCUACAAGAGUAGAAUGGCAGUGUAUAAUUUUUUGGCAACUUAAAUUAAGCGGCUACUGUUGACAAAUGAUCAGCACUAUCUAUCUAUCUAUCUAUCUAUCUAUCUAUCUAUAUAUAUAUAUAUAUAUAUAUAUAUAUAUAUAUAUAUAUAUAUAUAUAUAUAUAUAUAUAUAUAUAUAUAUAUAUAUAUAUAUAUAAAAUUUUUCCCACAACUGUUCUAUAUUUCAAAAUUUUCCUUCUCAUUUUCACCUAUGCAUUGUAUGCAAUUCUUUACACACACACACACACACAUAGACUGAAGAGAGGUAAGAAAAAAUUUGGCUGAUAAUUGUACAACUUGUGUAUUAACAAAUGUUACAGGUAUUGCAGCAGCAAUGUACUUCAUAUUUAGGAGUUUUAGAAUGAGUUACAAAAAUUUAUUUGUAAUUCUCAGUGUGAAUAUAUUUUCAUGGAAGCCUUUCAUUAACUAUAUUGUUCCUGUGUAUUUGGUGAGCUCAAGGUCAGCAUCUAAAUUUACACACACACACACACACACACACACAUAUAUAUAUAAUUUUUUUUUUUUUUUUUUUUUUUGCAGAAACUAAUAUUAAUCAGUAUCUAUCACAUUGUAUACAAAAUGCAAGACUGCUUCUCUUUAGUUACAACAAUAUCAUUGGAGCUAAUUGUAUUAAUUACUAGUAUAUUUUGUCAAAUUGAUAGUAAUUCAAAAAUAUAAUUUUGGAGAACUUGCUGCAAAUAAUGUCCUUAAAAAUAAGCCAGUUAUUAUCAAAGAUAUAUUUUUGUUACUGUAGAUAAUCACUAUGUUUUAAGCAGAGCUGUAUAGAAUUGAGACCAGUUAAUGAAAAGGUGUGCUGAGUCUGUUCCAUUACUGAGCUGAGGCAGUCACAUUAUUCCAUCCAAACCUCUUUAUUAGUUAGUUAAGUAUAAGGUUAUAUAUAGUGUCAUGAACCUUGUGGGGAAGCAAACAAGUGUAAUAUACUAACAUGCUGAUAAAAUGCUACAUUCAAGAUUAAGGAGAGGUUUAGCAAUCAUACUGCUAUAAUGAUCUGUGGUGAGAACUAAGCAAAUUUGGGAGCUUUACUCAAUAUGUACACAAUAUCAAUAAUUAUAGUGUUGAAAGUAUGCCUGAUAGGAGUGGAAAUUAUUUAUUGCAAUUAACUGAUCACUAUUCUUGUCAAUAUUUACUAAUUAAGUGUUUGAUUGUAACUUCCAUUUGCUUUCUAUAUGAUCAAUUAUUAUUCUAAACUUAUGUCAAAAUGUUUGUUUGAUAGAAAGAAAUGCCUUCAAAUGCAAUCUAACCAGGAUCUCUCCAAAUCUUGUCUAGAGCUAAUGCCGAUAAGUUGAUCUUCAUGCAAGGUGAUUUUAUAAAUUUGCCAUUGCUUAAUCAAAACUGUUUGUAUGUUAUAUUUUGAAGAGUAAAACAGUAGGUUAAUGAUUUUCUUUAUGUAUUAUAAUUUUUGUACAUGUAGUUCAUUGGUGAGUCUGACCAGCAGGGAUGAAGCACCACAUCACAAACUCACCAGUAGCUGCCUCCUGCACUCCACUCAGCAGUCAUAGCCCUUCAGGAACAAAAGAAAAAUAAGAAACAUUAGGACCUCUUUGGAAAUCAGACAAUUACCCUAAUGAUGAAGGAUAUAAUAUCAGUACUUGUAUUCAAAACAGAAGCUUAAACUUAUGAUUCAUUGAUGAAGAGUGUUAUGUUAUAUCUGACUUUUAAAAUUCUUCCUUAGGGUGAAAUGUGUAGGAUAUUCCUUUGAGAUCCCUUUAUUUUUUCACACCUAAAGCACUCCAUACUGGUGAGAAUUCAUUAGUGCGCUAGUAUUUUUUCUGUAAAGUUUUUUAAAAGGCCCACCUGUCUUCCAGAGGAGUGUUGAUUUGUAAAUAUUGUAAUAUAUAAUAGAGAAAUAAUUUUUACAAGAUAAUGUGCCAAUAUUGUAGGACUGUGCAAACAUGUAUGUUUUAGUAUUAUAGAUAUAUAAAUAUCUAAUACAAAUGUAGUACUGUUGCAACAUGGAAGAAACUGAUUUUUCGUACUCCACACUUUAGAAAGCAAUUCACUUGGUCAUAUAAGUAAAAAGUAUCCCAACACUAAUGAAACACACCUUAAUUGUAUAGGAACCUAAUUACCUGGUGAUGUAUAUUUCUUUUUUCAUAUACAGUAUAUAUUAUGGGAUUAAAUUCUUGAAAAUUAUAUAUUGAAUUGGAACUGAUAAAUAAAUGGAUAGUAUUCCUGUGACACAAGCCAGAAUGUCACACCCAUUACAUUAUAUGCUGAUGUUCCUACAGAUAUUUUCAUGAAUCUGUAAAUUUAAGUGUCAUUCAAAUGUUUUGACAGAUCUUUAUGUACAUAAUUCAGUGUGUUUGCACAUAUUUGUAGAAAAUAAAAACCCAAA